AUAUAUACACUCAUUCACCGAUUCUGUAUCAUCUUACUCUAUAUGCACAGUAAAGGGUUUUUUUUUUUGGUUUUGGUUUCGGAGAGGAAGAAGGUAUUAUAGAUCAGUAAGAUGUCGUCUAAGAAGACUUCAUAUUUAUCAUACUCAGUUUUUGUUAUCUUACUUGUAACCCCUUUUGUUGUCAUCUCCUUAGUCAACUAUACACUAGGUCCCAACAGAUCUUGGGUUUCAUUGUCCUCUCCAUUGGAAGCCCUUUUCGGUUCUUCCUUUUUCAAUGGCUCGUUUCAGUCCAAAGAUUCAACUCUGCAAUCUCCAUUGGAAGAGGGGACAUCUAAUGCCAAAAGCCCUGCUACUGUGCCCAAAGGAGUUGCUAAGAGAAACACAAGAUUAGAGAGGGUUGAAGCUAGUUUGGCCAAAGUCAGGUCUACCAUUAAAGAAGCUGCCCAAAAUCGCAACACCACAUCUACCCAUGAGGACCCAGACUAUGUCCCUAAUGGCCUCAUCUACAGAAAUCCCAAUGCCUUUCAUCGGAGCUAUCUAGAAAUGGAGAAACUCUUUAAGAUCUAUGUCUAUGAAGAAGGAGAGCCUCCAUUGUUCCACAAUGGACCGUGUGGGAGUAUAUAUUCCACCGAGGGAAGGUUCAUUAGUGAAAUGGAACAAGGGAACUUAUAUAGAACCAAAGACCCUGACGACGCCUUCGUAUACUUCCUUCCAUUUAGUGUGGUGAUGAUGGUUCAGUACCUCUAUGAGGUCGGUACCUAUGGAUUCCAAGACAGUGGUCAUAUUGUUGCUGAUUAUAUAAACGUUAUUGCAACCAAACAUCCCUUUUGGAAUAGAAGCCUUGGCUCUGACCACUUCAUGCUCUCUUGCCAUGAUUGGGGUCCAAGCACAACUUCUCAUGUACCAAAUCUAUUCAACAACUCAAUCAGAGUUCUUUGCAAUGCCAACACCUCUGAAGGAUUCAAUCCUUCUAAGGAUGUGUCAUUGCCUGAAGUCAAUCUCAAAACCAGAGAAAUGACAGGGCUUCUUGGCGGUCUCUCUCCUUCCCAACGUUCAAUUCUCGCCUUCUUCGCUGGUGGACUACACGGCCAUAUUAGGCAUCUGCUUUUAGAGCAAUGGGAAGGCAAAGAUCAAGAUGUGCUCGUAUAUAAAGCCGUUCCAGCCAGAGUUUCCUACGAGGCAAUGCUGAAAAAGAGCAGGUUUUGCUUGUGCCCCAGUGGGUACGAAGUUGCAAGUCCACGAAUUGUUGAAGCUAUCUUCUCGGAAUGCAUUCCUGUGCUGAUUUCAGAUGGCUAUGUCGCGCCAUUCAGCGACGUUCUGAACUGGGAUGCGUUUUCCAUCACCGUGCCAGUGAAUGACAUACCCAAUAUAAAGAAGAUACUAACGGGCAUAUCUGAAGCUCAGUACUUGACAAUGCACAGAAGGGUGAAGCAAGUGCAAAGGCAUUUUGUGCUCAAUGGACCGCCCAAGAGAUUUGACAUUUUUCAUAUGAUUGUUCACUCCGUUUGGCUGAGAAGAUUGAAUGUUCAUGUUAAGGAAUUGAAUUUUGAAGAUGAUCGACAUUGAUUACGAGAUAAUGGCUCAACUCUAAAGGAUUUUGCGCUCACUGGAAAGUACCAAACGUAAAUGUAUUAGGUUCCAGGAUCAAAUUGUUUGAUAGUGAGCUAGCUUCCAAGAAUAACAUUCAGAUGAUCAUCACUUUGCGACUCAAACUGAACUUUUUGAAGACUUGAUAACUUGGCAUAAUUGCCUCUUGUAGUGGUCCUUCCAAGAAGGCUAAAGAGCAGAUCAUUUUGGUUUUGAUUUUCACUUGCUCA